AAACAGUUCUCAGGAGUUCUUGGACGAGGAAUUUUCUAUCACCUCAGCUGAAGAGAAAGGGAAGGAUCCCUCUUUUGAAUACGACAUAGGGAGAGAUGUGUACCCAUGCGCCGCCGACUUGCACAGCGCUUCCCAAGCCGUAUCACAACUAUUGCCUUCCAAGCCGAUAACUUGUUGAAGCAGAUCAGCAUCACUGGGGGCAACCAGACUGGCAUCUUCAUUCAUCGAGUCACUCCUGGAUCCAUUCCUGAUGAGAUGUCUUUGUCACCAGGCCAGCAGAUUGUGCUGGUGGAUUAUGGAGUCAUGGAACCAGGUUUCAAAGCUGUCCUAGAAGAUGCAACUCUUGAAGAGGCUCUUUGGGUCCUGGAAAAAGUGAAUGGAUUUUGUUGCUUGUCUGUGAAGCACAACAUGGAGGGUUACAAGAAACUAUUGACUGACCUGAACUCCAAGCUGGUAACAUCUGGUGACUCCUUCUAUAUCCGAUCCAACCUAUGCCUUGAGAAACAAAAUCCUGGGGAACUCUCAGUUGGAUGCCAUAACAUUCUCCAUGUCACUGACACUGUCUAUCAAGGCCAAACUCAGUGGAGUGCUUGCCAGGUGAAUCCUUAUACCAUGAAAGACAUGGAUGCUGGUACCAUCCCCAACUACUUUCAGGCACAACAGCAACUCAUUACCCACAUUCAAGAAUUGGCCCAAAAGAAUAUGGUUUCCCGGAAGAAUUCCAGUUUUCAACACAAGUUGGUCCGUAUUGUGAGUACAAGUAACAGGAUCAAUCCACUUUGGUCCACUAUGCAAAAUAGUUUAUCAGAUUCAAACAAGCCAAAAGUGAAUCCCAGGAAUUGUGUCAGCCUGAUGCCGUACACUUUUGUCAGGCAUUACAGACCUGCGCAGCCACGUCCAGUACUUGUGGUGCCAGCACUUUUGAGGAAAAUCGUGGCUGACAAGCUAUGCCUUUCCAGGGAAUUUGAAAAAUGUCCAUCAGCUCCUGCAGAUACUCAGAACACAGAAUCCUUCCAAGAAAACAAAGAGUUGAAUGGCAGCUCUUGUAUUCCUCGAUGGGAUCUGGAACAGUUAAUGCAAAAGGAUGUGCAUGCCUGGCUGGAUCUGGGCCUGGAGAGUGUGCAAGAACUUCUGGCAAUGGACAUGUAUCCCAUCAUUAUUCUCAUCACCAUCAGUGAGAAAAAUGCCAAGAAAAUCAAGAAAGCUCUUCAGCGCCUUGGAGCAACUGAGGACCAACUUUUGGAGAGUGCCCGGAAAGAUGAGGCCCAGCUGGAGACGGUGUCCUGCCUUUAUCGCACAAUUGCUCCCGAUGCCUGGGGUGACCUUGAUGCUCUCAACAGCUGUGUCCGUGUGGCUGUCACUGAUGAGCAGAAGAAGAUAGUGUGGGUGGAACAAGUGCCUCGCCGACCUCUUUAGAUCAAUAGACGGGACUUAAGGCAAUUGCUUCACCUGUGCCUAGGGAAAAAUGUACUACUGUUUGUUCUAGCAGGAAAUAGAACAUAUUCCAAACCUAUCAGCUGCAUACUUACCAUUUAGAGAGUUACCCUUUCUUUUCUCAUGGUCCCCAUCCUUCCUCAGCCAACCUAUUUCAAACUGGUUUUAUCUUCCCUCACCAUCUGAAUUCCUGACAACAAAUCAUAUGCUGGCUAAAUGUGGAAAGUACCACAAGCUGUUUUAGGUGGGAUGUAUAAGCAGAGGUUUGCUAUAAUGAAUUUUUAAAACUUUUGGGUGGAGUUGGUACUCAAAUCAGAAAUGCACAGAGACUGGUCUGAACCAUAUGGAGCACACAGUUCCACAUGAGCACGAGCAUACAGUAUAUGGAACGUUGAGCAUGAAAAUAAUGGAUGCAUUUCAUUUUUUUAAAUAAAAGAAUUUCUCACAGAAGACUACCCUUGCAUUGUUUUUAAAAAGUUA